GUGCGGGAGAUCUGCCUGCUCUUCACGCGGGGCGUGGACUACAAGUGGCAGGCUAUGGCCCUACUGGCCCUACAGGAGGCGGCGGAGGCGUUCCUGGUGCAUCUGCUGGAGGAUGCCUACCUGUGCUCGCUGCACGCGCGCCGCGUCACGCUGUACCCCAAGGACCUGCAGCUGGCACGGCGCCUGCGGGGGCUGCAGGGGGAGGGGUUCUGAGCUGCCCCCCCCC